UGGUAGAAAUUAAUUUGUGCUAAUCAAAGUCUGUUUGUCUUGGUCAAGCACAAAGUAAAUAAAAAACAUAAAUUUCUUUUGCAUUCUGAGAGAAAAUCAGCCAUAUCCAUGAUUGUUUGACUUUCUUGUUUUCAUGCGGAUUUCAUUGUUUUCAUGGAGAAAACCAGCCAUACCUACAUCAGUUUAGAUUGUAAUUGAAAAAAGGUUGCCUAUUUGCCUUGGAAGAUAUUCAUCGGAUGUACAAGAACAGAACGAUGAUUUCACUGAUUUUUACGCAAGUAGGCAUGUUCGUGGUGUUUGCUCAGUUGGUCAAGCAAUUUGAGCCCGUUAAGUAAGUCCAGAGUUUGUUUACUUGGGAAAUUUCAUAAAUUUAUGCUACAUUUAUAAGUCAUAUCUCUGCAGCUUGUCUGACUUCAGAUUUCCUACCAGCCUUUCGUCUUUGAGCUGCCAAGAGAUGAGCUUGUGAACUUCUUUAUCAAAAGGUGAGUUUCGUAUCUCACUAAUAUCUGCUUAUGAAAAUCUGGAGGCCAAGCUUGAAAAGGUAUUUGCUGUAAUUUCAUACUAGAUUCCAAAUUGGAUUAGUCACACAUAUUUAAAUGUUGCCACAGAAGAAUUAGCUUGGCUAGAGUAAAACACACGUAAAAAACGAUACAUUUUUUAUUCUUUAUGGAUAUCUUAAUUGACUUCAUCAUGUUUGGCUUAGUGUCUUGUCACUUAAAAUGAAAUUUGUUGAAUCUAGUGGAAUAGAAUAUUGAAAAUUAUGUGCUGGCAGAAAAAAUCCUUCUACAUACUUCUACAUUCUUACUUUCUACAGAAGACCGCGAUAUUUAUGUCCCCUUGACGAGAAUUGCUACUUGACGAGCUUCUAAAGAAUACAUACUGACUUUCUGAACUUUCAGAUCAGAUUGACAGAAGAUGAGGUCACGUUUUUAUAUUGUGGUGUUUACAUUGCUGAAAUUUGCCGAUUUGAUGCUCGAGUCUGCAGGAGCAGGUGAUAGUUACUAUGACAUUUGGAUUGGUGGAUAUCUGGACAUUCAUCGCUAUGACAAAACCAAAUAUGGUGGAUGUGGCGAGUUGAAUGAACACUCAUUUUACUAUAAAGAAGCUAUAAAAUAUGCUGUUCGCACAAUCAACGAGAAUAAGAGUAUUUUGCAAGGGAUUCCUUUUUACACGAAGAUUUUUGACAAUUGUGGGACGGUAAAAGGGAUCAUUUCUGCUAUGAAUCAGCUUUCAUAUCACCGUAUAAUGGGGUCAAUUGGGCCUAUGCAGUCAGACAUUGCAGUUUUCACGUCUCCUAAAGCAGCUGCUUUUAACCAACUUACAAUCAGCCACGCAGCAACAACAAUUGAGUUUAAUGACAGGGAUAGAUAUGGGACAUUUUUUCGGACAGGACCAUCUGAGGAGGAUGAAGUCCUUGCUAUUAUUGAUAUCAUACGUCAUUUCAAUUGGACUUAUGUAUCGGUGGUUAAUUCGUACGGAUACAAUGGGCAGAAAGCUCUGAGCUGUUUGUUUCUAAAUGCCACUGUAGUCGUAAUACUGUCAAGCGAAGAAGACACGAGGCUGCUGUUGCAUGCAGCUGAGGCUGAUCAUCGGGCUAGAUUGCAGUUGACUUGGAUAUCAGGUACGAAGUUCAUGGCGUAUAAGGGGUUUGUCAGUGGCAUUGAGCAGGCGGCAAAAGGAGCCCUAAUGCUCAGUUACUCGAAUAUGACGAUGCCAGAUUUUGAUGCAUAUGUAGAUAGGCACGCUGAUAAUUAUUCGCGCCGUUUCUGGCUGAAACCAAAGCACGACAUGCGGAUUGCUCCCCAUUCAGUAAACUUUGACAGACAUGGCAGUGUUCCUAGGCCAUUUGAUAUUGUGAAUUUUGACGGCAGAGAGUUUCAGAAGGUCGGGCAAUGGCAAAGAAGGCAUGGCACAAAUGCAGGCUUCAUAAAGGUUUACACCAGGCUGGCUAUUCAAUGGAGUUCUUCGAACAUGACAACAGUUUCUAGGUGUUCAUCUCCAUGUAAACUGAACGAAAUUAAGACAGAUAUGCUCCAUCCUCAGUGCUGCUUCUCGUGUAAGCCAUGCAGUAAUAACAGUAUUAUCACAAAUAACAGCUGCGUUCAAUGCCUCUACCACCAGAAAGCCAACGACCAAAGAGAUCAAUGCAUGGACCUCCCUAUUCUUUCUUUAAGCUACGCCAAUACGCUUCCUGUCAUCAUUAUUACUGGCAUGACACUCGGCUUAUUUCUUACAACUUUCGUAUUUACUUCUUUUAUUAAGAAUAUCAACAAUCAGGUCGUCAAGGCAUCAAGCAGAGAGAUAUCUUUCGUAAUUCUGACUUCGUUCUAUGCAUUGUUUGGUACGUCGAUCUUGUUUAUCAUGGAGCCUACAUUUGCAACGUGUGCACUUCGCCGAAUUAUCGUCGGUUUGGGCCUUACGACAUGUUACGGUGCAUUAAUGCUCAAAACCAACAGAAUCUAUCGCAUUUUCGAGGCAGCAAAAUUAGCCCGAACGCCUAUUCUAGUUAGCACAAAAUCGCAAAUAACAAUCUGUUUGCUGUUCCUGGGUCUGCAAGUCUUGCUCAGCACUGCUUGGAUACUGGCCGAUCCACCUUUGGUGAUGCCUACCCGAUCUCCAGAUGGAGAUCAUGUGUUUCUCACGUGCAAAUCAAACCGGUUUAAUUUCCUGCUGAACCUGCUUCCGUGCUCCAUCUUCAUGCUCCAAUGCACAUUUUACGCCUACAAAACCAGAAGAUUCCCGGAGAAUUUUAACGAAGCUUCAAGCAUUGGCAUCACGAUGUACGCCAAUUGCUUGAUGUGGGUCUCAUUUGUUUCAGUUAAACUAUGGCUCGAUUCCCAUAACAGGGAAAUUCAAGAGUCAGAGUUAGUCGUUGGGAUUUUCUGUAACGCUGUUAGUACAGUCAACGCUGCUGGACUUUUUGGGCCUAAAUUGACACGGAUAUUCUUUGGUCAGAGAGAAACCGUGCCGGUGAGGUUCUUCCUAUCAUCCCAAGUGAGCACUGUUUCUACUGCGGUUACAGGAAUUUAAACAAAGAUUGCAAGAUUAUGAUUCUGCAAAAUUUAGUACAACAAACGUUGCUUGGUGCCGUAUAAAAGCUUUGGGCCCAAAUAACGCCUGGUACCCAAGUAACACCUGGUACCUAUGUAGCGCCUGGUACCCCAGUAACGCUGGUACCAAAGUAGCGCCUUGUACCUAAGUAGCGCCUUGUACGCAAGUAGCACCUUGUACCAAAGUAGCGCCUUGUACCUAAGUAGCGCCUUGUACGCAAGUAGCACCUGGUACCUAAGUAGCGCCUGGUACCCCAGUAACGCUGGUACCAAAGUAGCGCCUUGUACCAAAGUAGCGCCUUGUACCAAAGUAGCGCCUUGUACCUAAGUAGCGCCUUGUACGCAAGUAGCACCUGGUACCUAAGUAGCGCCUGGUAACCCAGUAACGCUGGUACCCAAGUAGCGCCUUGUACCUAAGUAGCACUUGGUACCCAAGUAACACAAAGUAAUGCUUGAUGCUUGGCAUUGAAGUAAAGAAGUAACGGUUAACAAUGUUCCACUAAUACAAAUCCAAUAUUACCGCUUCUAAAAGCGAAUGAUGGUCAGAAAUCAUUUUCGCAUUAGCCAACCUUUGGAAGAGCUUAGAUAAGGAAUCUAAAACAGCAUGGCACCUUUUCUUGGUACCUGCAAAAUGCUGUCAAUAAAGAAUUUCAAGUACGCAGCCACUCUUUCCUUUUAAACUUGUUUAAGACUUAUAGUGUACUUCAUUUAGUUAUAAUUUCCUUUUUACUACAUUUCUUCUUUUAACAUGUCAGUUUCAAAAGCAUUACCACUUACUGAAAUAUUUAUAAAGAUUGUAAAAUUAAUAUAUUGCAAAUAUUUGGUUAUUAAAUACCGUUUAGCCUGGUUUGUGAGAGAAAGAUUGAUACAAAUGCCCUUCAAAUAACUGCCAUCUGAUGGCAUUAGAAUUGCUCCAGCUCUAUAGUUCAUUUCGAUAGUUUGAUUUUCUUCUUUAUAUUGCCAAGUUAUAUUAUAUUUUGGUGGUCCUGGUCGAGCAGCCUUAUAGCCUUAUAUGCGAAUGUCUUCUUUGCAGCUAUUAAAGAUCGUGUAGGAUCUUAUGGUAACAAUAUCUUACAUUUGCCUCUUUUUGCAUAAAUGGUUGUACCUUAUUGCUUUUGUCUUUAAUCAGGAAAGUAACAAUUCAGCCAACGCAGACUAAUUCGAACUCGUGUAAUUGAAAGUUUUACUAAUUUGAACAAAAUUCGCAGGUCCAUUAAAAAGAAAAAUCUAUGAUUCGAAUCUUUGUAGAUGGAACGUAAUGUAAAUGGAAGGCAAUCCAGUCGUACUGAAUUUUCCACAUGUUUUGAGGUAACAAAAGUGAAUACUCAAUGACGUUAUGAAUAAAUCAAAUUAUUAGCUAAGGAAUCAGAUUCUGUUGCAGUUCACGCUAAUUUUCAUUACUAAGUCAUAUCAAAGAACAAUUAUUUUUUAUAUACCCUUAGCAAAAAAGUCCAUCUAUUCUCUCCAUAUUCAAUUGUUAUCAAAGACAAGGUUUUUACAUCAGAAAGCCGCAGAAUCAAAUUUUGAAACAUAACUUCUGUUCGAUUCAAUCUACAUUGAUAUUAUUCAAUAUAACCUACAAUAUACAUUGAUACCUACUAACUAACUAACAAUAUAUAUAUAUUUCAAUUUGUAUUCUCUGUAGAUAAAAUUUCUCUAUUUAUGCGUAUUUUACAGCUAAAAGUUAUAGAUAAUCUAGAUUUGAGCAACCUGUAUAUUGCUUUACAGUGAAAUGCAAUUUUCUUUAACUUCAAACUUACAAGCUAUCUGCAUGUAACCUCUUUAUUCCCAAAAUUAAAAUUCUGAGCGCCUUCACUACUUAAAUAAAAUUCAAGGUCACAGUUUAGAGUUUUGGAAAGGUCGAAAUCCAAAGGUCAAAGUGAUGAGGUCGAGUUCAUGCUUAUGGAUUAGAGUUCUUUGGCAAAAAGGUCAGACCUCUGUAAUUAAGUUAAUAUGAUGGGAACUGCAUUGCUUUAGAACUGAAAUAAUUUUGUAACUUCUAUCAUUUUUCAAUGGCAAAAAUGUCUUAUUGACAUUAUUCAAUUUUCUCCUUGUGUAAGCUAUUUGGAAAGUAUUUUUUCGGGCCACGCCCUGAAGCUAUGUUAAAAUUGUGGAUUCGAUAGAGUUCAGAAAACAUUCUUUCUCCUUGCUGUGGGAAAAGUUUUAAGGAAGGUAAUUAGGGCAAUAUUUCAUCCGAGGGACGUUGAAGCGUUUUCUGAACUCUUGAACAAGAUUAAAUUUAUAUAUAAUAAACUCUGGAACAUUUACGAGAAAUAAUUUUUGCUAAAAGAAAUCUAUAGUCAAUACGUUAACACACCGAGAAAUGUAAAAGCCAUUGAUAUCAGUUGUCUCUUCCUUCACUAAUCUGGCAUGUUAUUUUGCUCUCCUCCGUUGUGCCAUACAUUUAAUGCUCAUUUUAUCAGAGCUCUGAUAAUUGAAACUACUUUAUCUACGACAUUUCUCCUUAAAGCCUUGAAACUCUUACAAACUGACUUGACUUUUUGUAAUAUCUACUUCUCUUUCCAUUAGCUGGCCUUCCUUCUCCAUUUAUUGACAAAUACCAUCUGGAUUUGUGGUUUCUGUGCAAAAAUGCUUGAUACGUGUGGUAACUGUUUAGUUCUAGCCGCUCCAUAAACACACAUUCGAGACUUUUUGUGCUCUAAAAUACAAAGGGCUUUAUAUAAGCCUUUA